AUGCAGCAAGGUAUCAGUCAAUACUUCGUUAAAAAUCUUAAUUUUAAUAUUGAUGAUGAAAUGUUUUAUGUUUUACCACAUAGAGGAGAAAUUAAUUUUAAAGGAUUUGCUCAAACAGAGGAAUUAUCAUAAAAUGACAAUAUCUAAUAACCAUUAAAAAGUAUUGCAAAUGAGCUCGUUUAAAAAACAACCCCUAUUAGAUAAAGUUGGGUUCUUUCUAAACAAGACCAUCAAUUUAAUUUGCCACCCUCAUAUUUUAAGAAAAAAAUUGUAAUCUUAAGAGAUAAUGAUCUACAUCAAAUUCGAAGAGAAAUUAAUAUCUAUGAUUUUGUCCCCUAUGUCCAAUUAAAUGAAAAUCAAUUAGAAUAAAUAAGGAAGGAGGCAACCUUCGAUGUGUAAUCGAAUAACAAUACAAAUACUAAAAACAAAUGGAUUAUUUCAAGAUGGUUAGUAAAAGGAACCAAGAAUAUUCGAAACUCUUUUUAUAAAGAUAUGUUAAAGGCUUAAGAUUGUGUAAAUGGAUUAGGAAAUUUUAUCUACAAUGAAGAAAACUUUUAUAAAUUAUGGAACUAUUCAAUAGUGCAUGGCAUUUAUAUCAUCGUUAAAAAAUCACUAUUGAUACCAUCACUUUUUAUAGGAUAUAGAGAAGUGAUAGGGGAUAGUAGCACGAAAGCAGCAUAACUUUAAGUGGAAAGGGAAAGGUAAUUAUCUUUAAGAAAUAAGAAUUUAAAUUUUGCUAUUUAUUAAUUUCUCUUUCAUACUCAAGAAACAUAAUCUGCAACAAAAUUGAAAGUGGAUUUUAUUAAGAAUUAGUUAAAAGACUUUGAAUAAGAUUGUUGGAAAAUAGCAGCUUUAUUGAGUGACAUGCAUAUUAAUAAAAAUCAUUAAAAUAACUACGAAUUUAGAAAAUAUUAAGAAAAAUAUCAAAUUAUUUACGAUUCAAAUAAAGAGAUUGAUGAACUCAUAAGUGAAUAACUCAUAAAUGCUCAAUAAAGAUUUAUGAAGAAGAAUUCCAUUGAUUUGCCUGAAUCUGCAGUUAAAUAGAUUUUGGAAAUCCUAGAAUGUUAUUAAUCACAAAAAUAUUAUGAAGAGUUAUUGAAGAAUGAAUUGGCAAACUAUGAAGGUUAAUUGAUUUAAUAAUAUGAAAAAGACUUUUUCUUUUUGAAUAAACCUGAUCAUAAGGCAAUAUAUAUAAAGGAUGCUUUGAGGAUGAAGUAGAAGAACUUAAAAAAGCAGUAUUAAAAUCAAAUGAUCUAAGAAUUAUCCCAAAAAAAUAUACUAGAUAGAAAUAUAUAUCUAGAAUUUUAUGAAAAUAAAUAGAAGUAUAAAAAAAGAGUAAAAGACAUAAAGGAGAUGACAAGAAAGCAAUUUUAGAAGCCGAAUAUAGUUUUUAAUAUAGUUCGUCUAGUUGUACCUCCUUAUCCAGUAUUUUAAGGCGGAAACGGAUAUUAUCUGUUGAAAAUAAUUUAUUACGAAGUGAAUUCUACAUAUUACUUUUGGAAGUUUUCUAGUUUAUGCUUACUAUAUUUUACCUUGAUUGUCAAUAGCUAUUGUGUUUUUUAUCGAUUUGGAAUAUAUGGCCAUUAUGGGCUGAUGGCUUUAUUUUCAAUAGAAAAAUUUUAUAACGAUUAAAAAAUUAAUACUUAAACUGGAGAGGUUACAGAUGAUGAACUUGUGGAGACGAUAUGUUCAACCUUAAAAUCGAUUUACAGAGGAAUGGAAAAGUCAAGAAGGGAAUUUGAGGAGUCUGAGGAUUCAGAUAUGUUUGGCAAAGGUUGUUUAAGAAUCUGUAAUUUAAUUGAAGUCUAUAUAUUUCGAUUCUUAUUUGUUGGAGUAUUCUGUACAUUAAUUUUGAAACCCAUGUUAAUAUUAUUUGUCUCAACCUUUUUAUUCUUUUUUUUCAUAACUUCUUUUAUGUGGGCAGGAUUUGUAACAUUAAUUAAAUGGAUGGUAUGUUUACUAAUUUACGAUGUCGAUACAGCAGAAAGAAAAGAAUACAACGAAAUAGAUUAUAUCCAUUUUUUCAUCCCAUUAUUCAGAGCUUUCAUAGAUAUUAUCAUAGGAAUGGUUGAAAUAACUUUUUGUUUGUUUUGUUUGUUGAUGUUUCCAGUUUUUGCAAUAUUGAUAAUUGUAUUUGGAAUUUUAAGAUACGUAGUACGUUAUAUUUAUGAUUGCUUCAUGUUUAUAUUUCUCUAUUGUUGCGGAAGAGUCCCUUAUCGUUCUGGGUGUUUAGCUUGGAGACUUGGAGGUGAUAAGAUACAGAAAAAGGUUAUCUAUAAUUAUCAUAAAUUAACAAAUGAUGAGUUGUUGUUGUUGACUGCUGGAGAAUUAGAAAAGUGUAUACUAGAAGAAUAUCACCACCGAAUUGUAAUGACUAUACAAUAGCCAGAAAAACUAAUAAAUAGCAGUUUGCAACCUUUUUUCAAUCGUUUUAAUGCAUAAUACACAUGCAGUGAUUCAAAUCAAAAAAUACUAUUGGAAUAACUCUCUCUUAAAAUUGCGAAAUAAAAAUCACUUCAUCCAAUAAUAGAACCAGAAACAAAAUUAUACAUUAAGUUCACACCAAAUGACCUUCAUGAAAUUAAAUAGUUUUUGAUAACAUUUUUGGUUGAACAAAUCAAUUUAAAAAAUAUGCAUUCUUUUAUUUGGAAAAACCUUGAGUUAUAAAUUGGAGAUUAUUAAAGUUUGGCCAACAUUAUUAUUACUAAAAUCUUUGGUAAUGAUAUUCUAAUAAAACCAGAAGAACUAUCUAAAGAUGUCUAAAUUACAGUAGAAAAAGAAAAAGGAUUAGGGUAAUAAAUUGAGAGAGCAAUGAAUGGAGAAGUAAAUUUAAACUAACCUGAGAAAAUAAUUAUAGAAGAAAAAAAGGAAGUACCAAAACAAAUAACGAAGAAAGCUUAUAAAUAAUUUAUUCCAAUUUCUGAAGUAAUUAAAUCCUUUACUUAUUAGAUACUCGAUAAAAUAUGGUUAGCCUAAUCAUAAAAUUAGGAAUGGAGUUCUUUAGAAAACAAAGAUUCUAGGUUUUUGUUAAAUUACUCUUUGAACAAUCAAUGA